CCCCCUCGGUAGAGGCGCUGCCGCUGUGCCCGGCGGAGGAUGGUGCGCGGCGCGCCGGGGGCUCCCCGCCACCAGAGCCGCAGCGCCGCAGCUGAGCCGGCCGCGGCGGGCAGUCGGCCCCCGCACCGGGCGCGGGGCGGGCGGCCGCGGUGAGGCGCGGAGGGCGGCGCGGGCACCGGGGCCGGGCCGGGGCUGCAGCUGCAGCGGCCGCGGCCAUGGGGGCCCUGACGAGCCGGCAGCACGCGGGCGUGGAGGAGGUGGACAUCCCGUCCAAUUCCGUGUACCGCUACCCGCCCAAGUCCGGAAGCUAUUUUGCCAGCCACUUCAUUAUGGGAGGAGAGAAGUUUGACUCAGCUCAUCCUGAAGGUUACCUGUUUGGAGAGAACAGCGAUCUGAACUUUCUGGGGAACAGACCAGUUGCGUUCCCUUACGCCGCCCCACCUCCCCAAGAACCUGUGAAGACUCUGAGAAGCCUGGUCAAUAUCCGAAAGGACACGCUGAGGCUCGUCAAAUGUGCUGAGGAAGUGAAGAGCCCUGGAGAAGAGGCCAGCAAAGCUAAAGUCCACUACAAUGUUGAGUUCACCUUUGACACAGAUGCUCGGGUAGCCAUCACCAUCUAUUACCAGGCCACGGAAGAGUUCCAGAAUGGUAUUGCCAGCUACAUUCCCAAAGACAACAGCCUCCAGUCGGAGACUGUGCACUACAAGCGAGGAGUGUGUCAGCAGUUCUGCCUGCCCUCCCACACUGUGGAUCCCUCCGAGUGGGCUGAAGAGGAGCUUGGCUUUGAUCUGGACAGAGAAGUUUACCCUCUAGUGGUACAUGCCGUGGUGGAUGAAGGAGACGAAUAUUUUGGCCAUUGCCAUAUACUGCUGGGUACUUUUGAGAAGCACACAGAUGGAACUUUCUGUGUCAAGCCCCUCAAACAGAAACAAGUAGUAGACGGGGUCAGCUACCUCCUUCAGGAGAUCUAUGGAAUUGAAAACAAGUACAACACACAAGAUUGUAAGGUGGCUGAAGACGAAGUGAGUGAUAACAGUGCCGAGUGUGUGGUGUGUCUCUCGGAUGUCCGGGACACCUUGAUUCUGCCCUGUCGCCACCUCUGCCUCUGUAACACCUGUGCAGACACCCUGCGCUACCAGGCCAACAACUGCCCCAUCUGCCGACUGCCCUUCCGGGCACUGCUUCAGAUCCGAGCCAUGAGGAAAAAAUUGGGCCCUUUGUCCCCAACCAGCUUUAACCCCAUCAUCUCAUCCCAGACAUCUGACUCUGAAGAGCAUUCAUCCUCAGAGAAUAUUCCACCAGGCUAUGAAGUAGUAUCUCUUCUGGAGGCCCUCAACGGGCCCCUCACCCCGUCCCCAGCAGUUCCUCCACUUCACGUGCUUGGAGAUGGCCACCUCUCAGGAAUGCUCCCUUCGUAUGGCAGUGAUGGCCACCUGCCCCCCGUCAGGACGAUCUCGCCUCUUGACCGCCUGUCUGACUGCAGCAGCCAGGGACUCAAACUCAAAAAGAGUCUCUCCAAAUCCAUUUCCCAAAACUCUUCCGUGCUGCAUGAAGAGGAAGAUGAGCGUUCCUGCAGUGAGUCGGAGACACAGCUCUCUCAGAGACCAUCAGCUCAGCAUCUCGGAGAGGAAUGUGGUGUGACUCCAGAAAGUGAGAAUCUCACCUUGUCAUCAUCUGGAGCUAUUGACCAGUCGUCUUGUACAGGGACGCCUCUGUCGUCCACUAUUUCCUCCCCAGAAGGCCCUGCCAGCAGCAGCUUGGCCCAGUCUGUCAUGUCCAUGGCAUCCUCCCAGAUCAGCACCGACACCGUCUCCUCCAUGUCUGGCUCCUACGUCGCCCCUGGCACUGAAGAGGAGGGAGAGGCUCUCCCUUCCCCCCAGUCUGCCAGCAGAGCCCCCUCGGAAGAAGAAGAGGGGCUGCCAGCGGAGUCUCCAGACAGCAACUUUGCUGGCCUCCCAGCUGGAGAGCAGGAUGCAGAGGGAAAUGAUGUUAUGGAGGAAGAGGAUGGAUCACCCACGCAGGAAGAUGGCCUCUGUUAUAUCUUCAGUUGGAAGAAUGUUGUUUCCAGUAAGGCUAGAAGAGAAGGAAUGGCCCACAGAGCAAGGACACAGGAGGAAGAAGGCCAGAGGACAUGCGCAUUUCUAGGUAUGGAGUGUGACAAUAACAAUGACUUUGACAUCGCAAGCGUGAAAGCACUGGACAAUAAGCUGUGCUCUGAGGUCUGCUUACCUGGUGCCUGGCAGGCUGAUGACAAUGCUGUCAGUCGGAACGCCCAGCGCCGGCGCUUGUCAUCCAGCAGCCUGGAGGACUCUGAGACGAGGCCCUGUGUGUGGGGCCCCUUGGCUGUCUGAGCCCCAGCCUCUGCACUUGGGCUCCCCUCCUGCCCCUGCAUUCCAUCCAUCCUCACUCAGCUGCUGCCUGCUGGGCAUCCUCAGCAAGAUGCUGGAGACUUUUCACCCUUCUGUGACAGCUGUUACAACCUGUAACCACAAUCCCUCACCUCUCAGAGGGAACUGGAGCUCUCCUUUCUCCCUGUGACCUAAAGCCACUCAAUGAACUGCAGCUCACGAGACCCUUUGCAGGGACUCUGGAAUGCCCCCACGGUAUCUUGAUGUUCAGGUGGAGCUGGGGUCCGUGGGCUAAUUUCUUACACAUCUUUUUUCUCCUUAGGGGGUAGAACAAGAAGGCUUAGAGUUUUGGCAGCUUUGUUACAAACAUCCCUCUGGCAUUUCCUGGUUUCUGGCACAUCAUAACCAAUUGGAAACCUGCAGUUUGGGGUAGGGCUGGAGGAUGGCUGCUGUGAAAAGGGAGAGCAAUACUGCACGGAUAUGGCAUUUCCCUCCACAAGCACUAGGAGCACCUUUCUCAAGGACAAGAAAUGGUAGCAACCAAAAGAUUGGUUGAAAGAAACAAUCCUUCCUUCUGGUAGCAGAGCCAGUCUCCUGGGCCUCACAUGCCUGUCUGCUUAAGAAGGAGCCCUUGAAUCUGAGAAUCCCCCAGUUAAGAUGAUUUCCCUUAAGGAGCAUUUCUCCUGAUCAGGUGCAUUCAGGGAGGCCUGGGACUCCAUCCUAAGGUGACAUUUCAAGAAACGUGUUGGCCACCUCUGUGUGCCAAGCACUGGGUGAGGAGUGGUCAUAUAUUUCAUCUUCACUCACCUGGGAGGUGGCAUUCUUGUCCCUGUUGCCCCCAUCUCUACCCCCUUUUGUUAAUGGUUGAGAGAAAUGUGAACCAGUGAUUCUCAGUUUGGUGCCCAGGUCCCCAAAGGAAGUGGUGGAGAGCCUUGAACUAAGUUCAGGCAGCAGCAUGUGGCCAGCAGCAGUGCGCUGGGAGCAGAGGUUGGAAUCGGGGCUCAGGGCCUUCACCUCAAGGGCUCUCCCCAUCCUCCAUGUGUUCCUCCCUUGCCUUCCAGAGCUACUGAGCCUAAUCACUGAAGAGGGAGAUGGAGCCAGUCACAUGCUGAUUGGCAGUUCAGAAAUAGUGUUCUGUUCGUGUGCACUUCCCGUCCCAGUCCAGUGUGAGGUCACAAAUACAAGAGCUGAAACAGCACAGCUGGACUGUGAGGUGGUGGCUGCUCUGCCUUCCUCAGCAUGCGUGUCAUCAGUGGAUUCCAUGUGGCUCUUCCAUGUGGUGUCUACUGGCCUUUGGAAAAGGUGGUGGUUUAGUAGGGCAUGAGAUUAGUUUGAAAGCAAAGUUGGAAACAACUAUUAUUUGUGAGGUUGAGAUGUAGGAGAGCCUUAUAGGCUAUGCCCAUUGUGGUGGACUUGUCUUAGGGUUUGGAAUUGUUACCCUAAAAGAGUUUUUUGGCGAGGCAUGGUGGUUCAUGCCUGUAAUCCCAGCACUUUGGGAGGCCAAGGCGGGCGGAUCACCUAAGGUCAGGAGUUUGAGACCAGCCUGAACAAUGUGGAGAGAUCCCUUCUCU